AUGAGACUGGCGACGACCGUCGGGCUGAGCGAGAGUUUCGCCGUCGCAGAGGCCCCGACGCUCGCGCUGCUGCUGGAGCGCGGCUCGUUCCGGCGGCUCUGCUGGCUCCAGCUUUACGGCAGCCUCCUGAGCGAGGCCUCCCUCCGGCCGAUCGUCGAGACGCUGGCGGCGGGCGCCUCUCCCUCGCUCAAGAGCCUCGACCUCGCGGGCAACCACCUCGGCGACGCGUCGUGCGCCAUGCUGGCCGCGCGGCUGAGCGAGAGCCCGGCGCGCGUGCUGCCGGCCCUGGAGGUGCUCGGACUCGGCUCGACCCGCAUCAGCAGCCGCGGCGUCGAGGCGCUCGCUAGAGCGCUGGCUCGCGGGGCCAUGCCGCGGCUGGUGGGCCUCGGGCUGCGGUCGAACGACAUCGACGACGAGGGCGUUAUUGCGCUCGCCGAGAGCGGCAUGCUGGGCCUCGCGGCGCUGAGGGAGCUCUUCCUCUGCGGAAACGACCGCAUCACGUGCGCCGGCAUCGACGCCCUCGCGGCCCGCUUGCUUGGAGGCUCCUUCCCCUCUCUGCGCUGGCUCGACGUGCCGCCCCUCAAGAGCAGCGCCUUCCACGCGGCCUGCGCGGCGCGCUGCGUGUGCGUGCUCGACACUCUCGGACCAGCGCACGCUCCCGAGAACCCAACCGCCGGUAGCCAGCAGCCCGCGACGUACGAAUGA